AUGUGUGGAGUCAUUCCGGUGAAUUUUAUCCCAUUUGGCUUCUUUUGCACAGAAGCUUGGGUAUCCACAUCAUUUUACUACUUUCAACAGAAAAUUCAUAUUUUUUCGUAUUCUUUCACAGAUCCUAAUGUCCCCCUAGGUGACGAUUUUGACUGGGAGGACAACAACGAGUCCGAGUUGUCCGGCUCCGAAUCAGAGGACGACUUCGUGCCGCUGACCGACAUGUCGAUCGACUCUGGCGAGAAUCUCGCCGAACACGUCAGGCGUCGCUGGGAUAGCAACGCCCCUAAUACCUCCUUCUUUGUCUGGAGGAAGAGGGAGAACGACCCACGAUGCUGCGACUUUCUUGGGGUCAAGGUUCCUGACCCAAAUGUUGCUUCAAGGCCAGAAGAGGUCCUUAGCAAGUUCCUGACAGAGGAACUUCUGGAAAAUAUAGCUAAGGAGAUGAACCGGUACGUUGUGCAGAACCCGAGGACAUAAAGGGAUGGAAGGAUACCUCAGUGCGGGAACUUCGUGUGUUCCUUGGGCUGCAGUUCGAUAAGUUCGAUGCCCUCACGUCGGCGCUGCACUCCCCUGACAACGAAGACGAC